ACCAAAGUCAUUAGAACUACAACAAGUCUCGCCCAUGGCCGUCCACAAGCUUUUCAUUGCUUCCUUCUUAGUCUCUCUUCUUCUUCUUCAACUUGCCGAAGCUGACCAGAUGACGCUGGUAGUUGGAAAUGCAGGAGACAGUUCGAAGCUUCCGAAAAUGGACUGCAGUCGAGCCUGUGCCGCCAGGUGUCAGCUGUCGUCGAGGCCUCGCCUUUGCCAGAGGGCUUGCGGGACGUGCUGCGCCCGCUGCAACUGCGUCCCUCCAGGCACCUCCGGCAACCUCGACGUUUGUCCGUGCUACGCCGACAUGACCAACCGUGGCAACCAGCGCAAGUGUCCCUGAGACGCUGGGCUUCCUUUUUCUUUCCGAUGGUCGGUCCACCAAUCACUCAAGCUUGUAAAGUUGCUGCUAAUUAUUAUGGGGAUAUUGUUGUCGUACUUUCAUGGAAGCUCAUUAAGAAGAGGUUUGUAAUUGCAAAUUCAUAAUUCCUCAGCAAUUUAUCUGUAAUUUAUGAAUCCUGAAUAAAGUUAUUCCCACCUAAGUUGACGGUUCAUAUUCA